CUAAUUGACACUUCCCAUUCAAUGCGCGUCCACAGUGGGAGAUAAAUUAAUUAUUUAUUUGUGUAAGCGGCACAUUUGAUCCACUCUGCACGGAUGCAAGCAUUCCUCUGCCCUUUUAUGAGGGAGAAAGAGACACCAACAACAGUUCACCUUUGAGACUUCGGCUGGAUCAUUACCCGCGCGCUCUAUUGAAACUUUUUCUCUGACAAGCAGGACAAGAGAGAUUCGCAGAAAAGAAACUUUGCAAUCGGAGAGCGAGGAAAAGCAAUAGGAAACGAAACUGGAAGGCGUAUAACUGGAGAGGUAAUUUUCAAGACUGGCACGGGUUGCUCGCUGCAUCCCAGAACUGGAUCGCGGCCCCUUCCCUGCUUCGCUCUGCAACUUGUCGGCGUGGUGAGCUUCCCCCUUCCCUCGCCCAAAUAUAUGAAGUUGCAAUGGCCUCGGACCUCGGUAUGAACGCGGACCUGCCCACCAGCCCCCUGGCCAUCGAGUACGUGAACGACUUCGACCUGAUGAAGUUCGAGGUGAAGAAGGAACCCCCCGAAGCCGAGCGCUACUGCAACCGCCUGCCGGGCUCGCUGUCCUCCACGCCGAUCAGUACCCCGUGCAGCUCGGUGCCGUCCUCGCCCAGCCUGUGCGCAGCCAGCCCGGGGAGCAGUAGCAGCAACAAGGCUCACCAGCUGGAGGAUCUCUACUGGAUCAGCAACUACCAACACCACCUCAACCCGGAGGCACUGAACCUCACCCCCGAAGACGCCGUGGAGGCUCUGAUUGGGAGCUCGCAGAGCCACCAGCACCAUCACCACCACUUCGAAGCGUACAGGGCGCAGCAGUACCCCGGGGAGGAACUGCCUGUCAGCGGCCACCACCAGCACCAGGCGCCGCCGCACCACCACCACCACCAUCACCACCACCACCACCUCCGCCUGGAGGAUCGCUUCUCGGACGACCAGCUGGUCAGCAUGUCGGUGAGGGAGCUCAACAGGCAGCUCCGGGGCUUCAGCAAGGAGGAGGUCAUCCGUCUGAAGCAGAAGAGGAGGACCUUGAAGAACCGAGGCUACGCUCAGUCCUGCAGGUACAAACGGGUCCAGCAACGGCACAUGCUGGAGAGCGAGAAGUCACUCCUCCAGCAGCAGGUGGACCAGCUAAAGCAGGAGGUGGCCAGGUUGGCCAAAGAGAGGGACAUCUACAAGGAGAAGUAUGAGAAGAUGGCGAGCAGGAGCUACAGAGAGCAGGGCUCGACCGCUUCCAACCCUGGCAAGAACAAUUCCUCUUCCAACGAGUUCUUCCUGUGA